GCGACGUUCCCGGGGCGAGUGCCCCACCGAGAGGGAAAUGAGUUUACGGAAGUCCUGCGCUCGGCGGAUCCUUCUGGAGAAGUGGGAUGAGAGGCUGGCCGACCCAGGGGCCGGCCUGAGGACCGUCGAGGCUGUCCGCCCAGUGCUGAAACACUGGUUGAGCGGGCGGCGCAAAGGUCCACUGACCUUUCGGCUGACACAGAUACUGACCGGUCACGGUUGUUUCGGUCAGUACCUGUGUCAGAUUGCGAGAAGAGAGCCGACAACUGAGUGCCAUGAGUGUGGUUGCGACCGGGACACGGCACAACAUGUUCUAGAAGAAUGCCCAGCGUUCAGUGCAGAGCGCCGCGUCCUGGUUGCGGAAGUGGGGGGUGACCUCUCGCUGCCGAAUAUAGUUCGGAGGAUGGUCAGUAGCGAGAGGUCGUGGAAUGUAAUACUCACCUUCUGUGAAGCGGUAAUGUCGCAGAAGGAGGCGGCCGAGCGGGAGCGGGAGAGUGCCCCCACCGCUCCCGUCAUGCGCCGCCGCCGAGCCAGACGAAGGAGAAGGGGCGCGCCCAACUCUGCCUCUUCCUUCCCCCCCAUUAGGGUCGGGGUGUUGCCUUGAGGGAGGCACACCCUUCAUAUGACCCUAGGAGGUGCGCGCACGUAUCCGUGCCCUCCUGUGAUGGUAGGGUGGGAGGGACAUUCCCCACCCUAACUAAGAGAGGAGGCCUGCCCUACACCACCUACAGGGCGGGCCGUCGCGUUGGAUACUCGGUAGUCGUACAAACGGGAACCCGGGAUCCAACAUAAGCGCCUCGAGGUACGUCGUGUGGUUUUUAGUGGGUACGAAUCCCACACACCCCAGCUGCCCUCCCUUCGGCAGAUGGGACGGUCUUUCCGAAGAUUUUCCACACGGAAAAAAAAAAAAAAAA